AUGUCAAAUUUCCAUUUAGUAGAUAACUACAAUUUACAGCAAGGAGAUAAGUUUGCAAAAGUUAGACCUUUAUUUGCGAGCCUGAAUCAAAAAUUUAUGGAACAUGGAAUUUUGACAGAUGAGGCAAUGGUUCCUUAUUUUGAGAGACACUCAUGCAAACAGUUCAUUCACGGAAAACCUGUACGAUACGGCUAUAAAUUAUGGGUUGGCCCAUCAACAAUAGGCUACGUUUACUGGGUUGAACCUUACCAAGGGUCGUCAACCAACAUUAGGAAGAAUUAUGCAGAUUUGGGGGUUGGUGCUGGUGUGGUAUUAGAGCAUUCUGAUGCACUGAGGAGAAAAUGGCCAAAUGAAACAUUUCAUUUAGUUUUCGACAAUUUUUUCACUUCUCUCCCUCUUAUGGUAUUAUUGACAGAAAAAAAUUUCUUUGCGACUGGUACUGCUAGAGAAAAUCGUUUACAAGGCGUCCAAUUCAGAGAUUCUAAAAUUAUGAAAAGGAAAAAAAGAGCUAGUUACGAUUACAACAAAAAUUUACGAUACAAACAUAAUUGCAGUAAAAUGGCAUGACAAUAAUUUAGUAACGCUCUGUUCAAAUGCCGCAGGAUUGCAACCGAUUAGCUUUGUAAAGCGAUACUCUCAAAAGGAUAAAAAAAGUAUUCAGGUAAGAAACACAAUCUGCAAGAAAAUCAAUGUUUUCAAAAAUGCUUGUGAUGUUAGGUAGAACAACCUCAUCUUGUAAAUGUAUACAACGCAAAUAUGGGCGGCGUUGAUCGUUGUGAUCAAAAUAUUGGUCUUUAUCGCAUUUCCAUCCGAGGUAAAAAGUGAUAUUUUUCAUUGAUCAGCCACUGUAUUGAUAUGGCUGUUCAUAAUUCCUGGCAACUUUAUAGAUUGCACGGAGGACAUAUGGAUCAAUUAUUAUUUAGACGGCGGCUUGUCACAGCCUUGUUACAACAAAACAAGAAACCGCCAUCUUUUUCUAGAGGACGUCCUUCGGCUAAUGAAUAUAUAGAUAUUCGUUAUGAUCGUUUAGAUCAUUUUGUGAUACCACAAGAAAAUCCAACUAGAUGUGGCUUAUGUCAUGAUAGAGCAAAAACAAGGUGCUCUAAGUGCAAUGUAGGGAUGCAUGUAAAAUGUUUUUUGUCCUUCCAUGCUAAACCUUAAUGUUCGCCUAUGUGCCUAGUGUACUAUAUUUUGUACGGCAUUUUUUACACUUUUUCCUAAAAUAAAAUUUAAAAAUAAUAAAUUUGUUUAAUAUAUGCUUCAUAUAGAAUGAAUUUGCAGAGAACAUACUUUAUUAUAAUUUAUUUGAGCUGCAGGCAUAACUGGGUUAAUAAAUACUCUUUUUAUAUUCUUUUCUAUCUGCCAACCUUUUAAUUUCUUGUGGUAACUUAUUAUAUAUUUUAGUGCAGCUGUAAUGGACAUUUUUAACCGUGAGAUGAUGGACUGGAUACAGAAGAUUUAUAUUUCUAUUUCUUGUGUUAUAGUCACUUCGUGGGUUACCGAUAAAAUUGUCAAAUUUUUUUGAAUGUGAAAAAUGUAAAGUAUUUAAAAGAUAAGUAAUUUUGUACCUAGUAUCAGAUAUGAUUCCAUAAAGUAUCUUGUAUCUGGCAUCUGAAAUACGAGCUCUGUCUCAGUGAAGUUGGCCCAACGCUCCAAAACAUGAUAUUUGUGAAUAUAUUUGAGGGCUAAUUAAAAUUGUAUGUGAAAUGAUGAUAUUUUUGGUUUCUUUUAUGGAAAUAUAACAAAACAGACGCGUUUUUAUUUCGAUGUUGUCUUUUUUGCAAGUUCUUCCUCAGUUUUUAAUACGUUUCCGCUAAUCAUAAAACACCUAGUUUGGGUAGUUGUGCCCACUUCACCGAGACAGGGCUCGUGCUUAUUUUAACAGUAUUAAAAGUACUUUGUAUAUGGUAUCUUGCACAUCACUGCAUAUCUGAGUAACUUAUAAUCGCCUCAAGGCGAAAUCGAGAUUUCAUCGAAAUCUAGCAUAUUAAAAAUAAAACAUACAAACUGCAUAUAAAUA